AUGCUCGCUGACUUGCAGUCAAUAAACACGCCACUUACAAUCCAGGGAGAGGUACUGGAAGUUAUGGAGCGUUUUACGUAUCUUGGAAGUUGUAUUAGUUCUGAUUGUAGUGUGACAGGUGAGAAUGUGUCCAGCACCAGAAGCUGCAUUGGUUGGGACAUGUGUUACGCAUACCGAACCAUCGUUUGCGAAGAGGGUGCUGUUUUACAUGCCCAACUCAGAGUGGCGGAAGCAGAGGGGUGGCCAAACCUUGACCUGGCAGAGGAGUAUGAAAAUAUCACGAAACGUUUGGAUGCUGUUGGUACUACUCGCCUUCCAGGAUGGGGACCGCGAAAUCUUCACUGUAUCUGGUUAGAGACACUACAACAUAUGGCUGCCAACCGAUGUCAGCGGCGUACUUGCUGUCACUUGCUAUCCAGAUCAUCUGACACCGAGCGCCGCUCACUCACUGCACGUUCGUUAAGGUUCAUUCAACUUCCGCCAACAGAAGCUUCCGAAUUUUUAAAAGCCUAUCGUUCAGUGCCACUGAAGAGAGAGACCGUCGCCACGUGUAUGGCAAAAAUGUACAGACAUCAGUCCAGCCCGGAUGCAGCCGAAUGUAUAAUUGUCGGUACCGAAAAUUCUGCACUCUAUAUCUUUGACCCGGCCACUUAUGCUGUUCUGACAAAGGUUCUUUUCUUUGUAACAUCCGUUUCAACUGUAGCACGCUUUCUAUGCCUAAUUACCACACCACUAGAAGAGAACAUGACGCCUGGGAUACUGCCAGGUUGCCUAAGCCUAGACAGGGGAGUGGACUCAAAGUUUGCAAUCAAACGUGUAAUAGUCGACAUGAUAGUCCUACCAGCAAUUCCCGUACACCUUUGUGCAACUGGUUCGUUUGAUGUGGAGUAUCGGAUCGUUGUAUCCUGUCGAAAUGCGACCAUUUAUCAGGCAAGGCGAUCAACAACUACCAUCACCGACGGGAUUGACGUGGGUUCGCAACUUAUUGGUUUGGUUCGAUCUGAGAAAUCUAUUGUCACCGCCUGCAUGGACCAAACAAUUAAAGCGUUUUCUUUGUCAGGUCGUUUGCUAUGGUCUAUUCGUCAGCCCUCACCAAUUUUGGCCAUCACGUCUUUGGUUCUACCAUCACAUUCUUUUGAUGGUUAUGUGGUCUCGCUCACGGACGGCACUGUACGUCUUUACCGCGAUAAGCAGUUGUGUGACGUCAUUCUUACAUGGACUCAAGUUACAUCUGGAGAAAUGAACCGGGGAAAUCCGCAGAAGGAUGUGGAAAAGACGGAUUCGGAAGCGCAGAUGGGCGCGAACACCAGUGAAGUGAAAUCCGUUGGACCCAAAUGGAAAAAUCUCAAUUGGUUGGAAUCGAAAAUUGACCCGGUUGUGGCCUGUCGCUUUGGGUCGUUCGAGCGGGAAUCGGGAUCUUUGGCACUCAUCACCCAAAAUGGGGCUAUGUUAAUUCUUCUCGUGAAACGUUCGGCGAAAUUCUCCCCAACGGAUGUGCCGAAUGGAAGUUCGUCGCCGGUUAUUCCUCGAUUGCAAAUUCCAAAACGGUCGAAAGCAUUCAUGGAGUUAGCUGCUCGUGAGAAACACAACGCUCCAGAAAUGCAUCGAAAGUUCGUGCGCGAUCUGACCUCCCUGAAACACACGGUAGCCAAAACAUUUCUGGAACUUCUCGAAACACGAGCCGGGCCGAUGGCGAUGCCGGGAGCAAAACAGAAAUUGAGGCUGAAUUCACAGAUUCUUGGCUUGGGACCAACUUUUGUCCUUUCCAUGGAGGUUAUUCGAACUCUCAGCGAAGACGAUGUCGGAUUCCCAAAGUUCAAAAUUGUCUUACACUUUGAUGAAACCGUGUAUCAGAUCAGGCCUUCCAUGAUGGUGCUCCCUUUGCUUGUUCCCAAUAUGACGUACAAACUUGUUUCGUCAAUCACUGCCCUGAAAGACACCAGGAUUUCGGACAAAAUCAAGAUCCAUCUACUCAGCUCGGAGAGCUGCUCGGGACCACUGUUCACAACUUUCGUCAACGUGCCCCCAUUUGAACCUGCUUGAUAUCAUUUUCACUGCUCAAAUUAUUGUAUAUAAACCGUACUAAUUACACCCAAAGACUGUGCUCUCGACCAAAUCAC